CACCGAGUGAACUUGAACCUUUCUCAAAGGACAGUUGGACAAAGGUCCCAGAAACUAAAAACAUUACUGGGCUUUGACGAUACGUCCAUAGAUGGUUAAGAGGACUUAAGAUUUUUAUGUAAGACCUUUGAUUAUAACCGAUCCUCGUGAUGGUCAACUGGAGUUUGUCUCUGUUGUGAUUCAGUUCGUUGACAAUGCAGCUUCCAGAACAACUGUCUAAGAACAAAGACAAACGACUCUAAGGGAACGAAGACAAGACUACGUCCGGUCCAACCUGAAUAAUCUGAUGGCUUUCCACCGGUGCAUAGACUUGUCAGAUGUUAAUGUCCCCUUAAAAGGCCACCAAGCCGAAGCGCACAUACUGCACGUCAAAUUUCAUGGGAUCGAUCGAGACGAUUACAAAGUUGAGUAUGAAAAGCUCGAAAGCACUUUGCUGACAGAGUACUUGAAACAACGCGAUGGGCCCGACUUUCAUCAAAAACUUAUGAAAUUGACGUUUAAUAUUACACCAGUCGAUGAAGCGAAUGCCUUCUGCCAAAGCGUGCUAGAAAGAGGGAUUUUUUGUCGUCAAAGCUCGUACUUCUUCCUGGGUCACUCGGAUAAACAGCUAAAAGAAAAAUCGUGUUACAUGAUGAAAGCUUCUAAUGAAGAAAUUCAUGAGCUCUUGUCAAAGUUUGGCAAUUUUUGGGAGGAGAAAAACUUAGCAAAGCGGGCUAGAAAAAUCGGCAUGCUCUUCUCAAAGUUGAACAGAACCAUGCCAUUGAGAGCAGACGAGUACACAGUCGAGCCAGAUAAAAAGGGUGGAGUAGUUAGGUCGUACACUUUCACCGAUGGAUGUGGUUUCAUGUCUCCAAACUUUGCUUCAGAACUUCAACAAAUCUUUGAACUGAAUUACAAGCCGAGCGCCGUCCACAUACGAUAUCGAGGAAUCGAAGGCGUGCUGUGUCUCAAAGAUGAUUUGACAGAAGUUAAGGUGCAGUUUCACAAAUCAAUGCAGAGGUUCUUCACACCAGACGAGAAUAUGCCUCACACGUUCAACUUCAUCGAUGUCGUGGAUCACUCGCGUCCCUACGUUAAUGGUUACCUUAAUUCUCGAAUGGUCAUGUUGCUGGCAGAACGUGGUGUGUUCCCAGAGAAUCUGGAAGAUUUACAAGAUGGCUUCCAUGAACUAGUGGAAAACAUGUGCAAAGAAACCGCAGAAUACUUCCUUUCCUUCAAAGGAGAAUUUCGACUUCUGCGGGAAAUUCAAGAGAAUGGAAUCGACAGUGGUGUGAGAAAUCGCCUGAAAUUGUUACAAAAGCAAGAGCUAGACGAGAUGGGAAUGGCUGCCUACACAAGAGUACUUGUUCCCAAAUCCCGCGUGGUGUUUGCAGUGAGUGAUCCUCUACAUAAGCUGAAGUACGGUGAAUGUUAUUUCAACCCUACUACCCCGAGUGAAGAAGCAAGGAAUUUCCCUAACGGCCAAAAGUUUUUGGUGACGCGCAGUCCGUGCUACGUCCCAGGGGAUUUGCGCGUGUUGAAAUUGACGAAUGAUCGCGAAGGGUACGAGAACUUGAAGGACUGCCUGGUGCUGCCCGCCAGAGGUCCACGUCCUCAUGCCUUUGAAUGUUCCGGCGGCGACUUGAGUGGAGAGAAGUUCUUCGUUUGCUGGGAUAAGAAAAUCAUUCCAAGUGGGAACGAGAAACCAUGCGACUACUCGCCCACAAAGGGAGCUACAAUUCGUCGAACUUCGUCUAAAUCGCUCGCAAAGGUAACUGAGAAAUUCAAGAAAAAUGACAAUGGCAAAGAGGUGAAACAUCGUGAAGAAAUGAUGCAGUACUUUGCUACAUACUCUGAUGAAACACAGAUUAAGAUUGAACGAGAAUACAUGAAAUAUGCUACUGGCAAUGGCCCAUCAUCGAAAGAAUGCCGACACCUUAGUAAGAUGUUAUACCAAGCCACCAAUUUCACCAAAGAUGCAAAUGAUCUCGAAAAGCAACUUGAAGAAACGGAACAACCAACAAGUUCGGAAUUGCCCUCGAAUUCACUACCUAACAGGCUAUCGUGCGUGUUUGCCAUUAGCGAGAAAGAAUCUGUGAAUGAAAUAAUGAGGAGAAUCGACAGUAAAGCAAAAGAGUUCUUCGAGCGAAUGCAAUUUGAAACAAAGAAGAGCGAAGCUUAGGCCCCAGUGAGGAGGAGAGCAGUAGCUUUUUAUACCACCUUUUGAUAUCUAGCGGUCUGAGUGGAACAAAAAAGAUAAAAACUUUAAAAACCCAAAGUUGGGAAUGUGCGUUACCUCAUAGAACAUCACUUUACAAAACACUUUUUGGAAGUUUAGAUACUUUUUGCUUUCCCGCCUUCUGACGCUUGGUUCACAAGAACUCCUGACAUCCAGCACAGCUUAAACAUGGACUGAUAAUAGUUAGUUUAUAGAUUGAAAAUCGACAACAGGCAAACUCUUAGGUAAUAUUUCUUAUGAAAACGAAACUUCAUCUCGCAAUCACUUAUCAUAAUUGUUACCUUUCUGUACAUACCAGUUACGAUAUUUGGAAAAGAGUGUGUACGAGAGUAUUCCUGUUGAUAAUUUUCCACAUAUAAUUUUUAUUUAUACAAGAUUCAUCACCAAGGGCGAACUCCCUUUCCCUUUUUUGAAGCAUAUUCGUUGUUUUGAAUCAUAUGCUAAUAUAGGACUAUUUUGGAAUUUGCUUUAGAUUUUGUAUAGUUUUUAUCGGCUAAACUGAAAGACUUUUUCAACUCGAUUUUUUUUGUCCUUUUACUUUCGUAUUUAGUAUCAUCGGUGAAAAGUGCAUGUAUAAAUAAGAGACUUGUGUUAACUUUUAUUGGCUUUGAGUGCGCCGAUUAAUCGUACAGCUGGAGCCUGUUGUGUUUUGUGUUAUCGCCCUAGCAGGUGUUUUCUGGUUGUCACGCUUAUUUUCACGUAACUUUUAAAAUAAAAGGCUAGCGUGACGUCUUUGUAAAGCAAGCGAGUGAUAUUGGAGUGUAUAACCCUUUUCAAUAUUAAAUUCAUUGUAAUGUAGAAAAAAAAUGUUACGUAUAGCCAUGUUAUCUUUAUCAAUUGCUUUGCAAAGCUGGUAUUAUUGUAAAAUUGAAAACUAAAUAAGCAUUUAAGUGAUGUUAUUGCCUUAAUUCGUGAACUAGGUAAGGAAACAAAUAAUCCGAUUUCAAAGUUAUAUGCGGGCGGUGGGAACUGAGCAUAAUCAUAACAGCAUGUAAACCUGAACAACGCUUGAAUUAAACAGUU